AUGCUGAUCAACACUAGUAGUACUUCCGAUUCAACCACAAUAAUUGAACUGGAAAAUCGGUACUACUACGUAAAUCCAGGACAUGCAAAAACUGAUUUUGACGUCGAUGGGUUCAAGUGGAGAAUUGUACUUGAAGAGCAGCAAAUAGUUUUCACACUUUUAUCUGAACUUGCCGAGUUUUGCACUAUCGACCUGAUUAUUCACUGUACAGACUUCGUAUCAAGUUCCACAUUUACCUCACAAUUCGCGAGAAGCGGAGAGUCAGUUGUUCACCAAUGGCUGCCUGGCGGUCACCACGUGCAGUUGGAAAUUGACCAGAUAAUUCAUGAAACUCAAUUCAGUGGAAUCGACUUUAGUCGACCUUUUGAUCAAACUAAUGCGAUUCUGAGAGUGGAAGAUGAGGAUUUUCAUGUGCAUACAUUUCUUCUCAGUAUGGUCUCCGACUUUUUCAGAAUUCUAUUCAACGGCUCGUUUUCUGAAUCCUCGGAUUUAUCAGUGCCAAUAGAGUUGAAAGAGAUAUCAUCAUGCUCUUUCAAAAAUUUGCUCAAUUGUAUAUAUGCAUACCCAAAUGGAUUCAGAAUAACUCGAGGGAACAUAUCUGAACUCCUUGAGCUGAGUCAUUUCUAUGACUGCAAAAGGGUUACAAUGCUAUGUGAGAACAUUCUCCUGUACAAUCUCUGCUAUAAUAUACGAUCGGUUCAAAAAAUGGAAUGGGCGAUUCGCUAUGAUCUUGAGACACUGAAGAAUCAGCUACUCCGCCAAGAACCACAUCUUGUUGAACUACUAGCACUCGAAUAG